AAACUAUUUGUCGCGAACGUAGGUAGAAAAAGUUUUGUGUGACUUGACUACUUAGUUGUGAAUUAUAAGUGAUUAGAUAAUCAAAAGAAAAUAUGAAUUUUACUUUCAAUUUGAACAAUAAUUUGAAAGUGAAAAAGUAUGAGAGUAAAAAAAAUAUAUGGUAACAACCUAUUGACGAGAUAGCUGAUAGCGAUAGAAAUGAAGAGGACACAGCACAGCUGGGUGAUUGGUAUUCUUGAUACGAUCCGCGUCACGGUGACUCGGUGACAUACUUGUCUUGUUACGAAGUAGUGGUGGCCAAUAGAUCGAACAACGGAAGUUUUUUAUUAAUAAAAAAAUACUAAGUCUACAACUCAACUCAACUCAACUCAGUUUAAAUGAAUUCAAACCUUCAAAGUAUUUAGACGUCAGACAAGACAAGUGUGUUCUGUGUUGUUGAACUUCUAACAAUAAGUGUUGUACAAUUCAAAUUCAACUGUAAAACAAUGGAAACUUGGCCAAAAGACGUUGGAAUACUUGCCAUCGAGUUAAUAUUCCCAUCAAUUUAUGUGGAUCAAACCGAUUUAGAGAAAUACGAUGGUGUUUCUACCGGUAAAUAUACAAUCGGUUUAGGACAAUCACGUAUGGGAUUCUGUUCGGAUCGUGAAGAUAUUCAUUCAUUGUGUUUAACGGUUGUGCAUAAGUUAAUCGAAAAGUAUGGCAUUAAAUAUUCAGAAAUUGGACGUUUAGAGGUUGGAACAGAAACAAUUGUUGAUAAAUCGAAAAGUGUUAAAAGUGUCUUAAUGAGUUUAUUUGAACCGCACGGUUGUACGGAUCUAGAAGGUAUUGAUACAACAAAUGCAUGUUAUGGUGGAACUGCAGCGUUAUUUAAUGCAAUCCAAUGGGUUGAAUCAUCUUUUUGGGAUGGACGUUAUGCGUUAGUUGUUGCUGGAGAUAUUGCUGUAUACGCAAAAGGAUCUGCACGUCCAACUGGUGGAGCUGGAGCUGUUGCCAUGUUAAUCGGUCCAAAUGCACCGAUUGUUUUCGAUCGUGGUUUACGAUCAACAUACAUGAAACAUGCUUAUGAUUUUUAUAAACCGGAUUUAUCAUCUGAAUAUCCGGUUGUCGAUGGUAAACUAUCGAUUCAAUGUUAUUUGAGUGCUUUAGAUCAUUGUUAUCAAGGAUAUUGUAAAAAGGUUUCGAAAUUAACUCAAACUUCUCAAGUUGAUAUUAAUUUCUUGGAUGCUAUGUUAUUCCAUUCGCCAUAUUGUAAGUUAGUCCAGAAAUCAUUUGGACGUCUAAUGUUAAACGAUUUUGUACGUUGUCCAAAGGAUUCAAUCCCAACGAAAUAUCCAGGACUUGAGAAAUAUGCAAACGUUAAAUUAAAUGAAACAUACUUUGAUCGGGAUAUUGAGAAAAUCUUUUUGGGUUUAAGUAAGGAUUUAUUUGAAAAGAAAACGCGUGAAUCCCUUUUAUUAGCGAGUGAAGUUGGGAACAUGUACACGGCGUCCGUGUAUAGUAGUUUAGUUUCGUUGUUAAUUAAUAAACCGAUCACGGAAUUAGCUGGAAUGCGAGUAGGAUUAUUUUCAUAUGGUUCUGGACUUGCAUCCACUAUGUAUUCGAUUACAUUGUCAAAAGAUAUAACAGAAAAUUCUAAGUUAUGUAAAAUUAUUGAUAAUUUAACAUCGAUUAAAGUUCAAUUAAAUAAACGUGUUUGUAUUACACCAGAAUCAUUUACCAAAAUUUUAGAAGUACGUGAAUUAAAUAAUCAUGCUGCUCCAUACACUCCUGUGGGUUCAAUUGAACAUUUAUUCCCCGGAACGUACUAUUUGAAACAAGUGGAUGAGUUACAUCGUAGAAGCUAUGAACGUGUUCAUGGUGUAGUUUCUAAUGGAAAUAUUUAGUAUUUUUUUUUAUUUUUUAUUUAGAAAGUUAUUUUCA